AUGCCUCCUCACACGUGCGAGAUCUGCAAGACAGCACGAGCGCAGAUCGUACGACCGAAGAACCACGCUCGAAUCUGCGCACCCUGCUUUACAGCCAUUUUCGAAGACGAAACCGCCGAAACGAUCAUAUCCACGAAACUUUUCGAACGAGGCGAGAAAGUGGCAAUAGGAGCUUCGGGAGGCAAAGACAGCACUGUUCUCGCCUCAGUCCUCAAGACGCUGAACGACCGAUAUGACUGGGGUCUAGACUUGGUUUUGUUGUCAGUGGACGAAGGAAUCACAGGAUACCGAGAUCACAGUCUGGAAGCUGUGAAAAGACAUAGUGCGCAGUAUGACUUGCCGUUAAAGAUCGUGAGCUAUGCGGAGCUGUAUGGUUGGUCAAUGGACCAAGUCGUGGCGCAGAUUGGGAAGAAAGGGAAUUGCACAUAUUGCGGUGUCUUUCGACGUCAAGCCCUCGAUCGAGGAGCUUCCAUGCUGGGAGUGGGGCAUGUGGUAACAGGACACAACGCCGACGAUGUCGCGGAGACGGUGCUUAUGAACCUGCUGCGAGGAGAUUUGCCACGGCUGGGAAGAGCUACGAGUAUCAUUACGAGCACACCUUCGGCGAAAGCAGCUACAGGAAAGGAUGGAGAGGUGGGAAUCACAAAUGUCAAGAGGUCGAAGCCGUUGAUGUAUGCGUACGAGAAAGAGAUUGUGCUGUACGCCCACCACAAGAAGUUGGACUACUUCAGCACGGAAUGCUUGUACAGCCCGGAAGCAUUUCGAGGAUCAGCGAGGACGUUGAUCAAGAAUCUGGAGAGGAUCCGGCCGGAGAGCAUUCUGGAUGUGGUCAGGUCGGGAAUUGACAUGGCAAAGUUGGUACCGAACGCAGAUGCGAGCAAUAAGGGGGCGUGUUCGAGUGAUGCGGCAACCGUGGCCAAGGGUGCGGAGGAUGAGGCUGCGGGAGGUUGUGGGACUGCAACUGGAGGAUCUAGUGGUGGAGAGAUGGCAGCGAUGGAGAAGAAACUGAGGGAGGAUGAAGCUGCUGCUACGAAUGGGGCGGAGACCGAGAUCAAAGCCCCGGUGAAGCCAACGACGAAUGGAGACGAUGCGGCCCAGGCGAUCGACGCGACUCAGAACACAGUUCCCCUGAGACCCAAAAAGGGCAAGAGGGGUGGUGAGAACCCUGGCAAUAGGGGCAAGCCGAAGCAGAUUUUGGGAUCGUGUGAACGAUGCGGGUACUUGUCUUCCCAAGCAGUGUGCAAGGCUUGUGUGCUGCUGGAAGGCCUGAACAAAGCCCGCCCGAGGACCGAGAUCGAAGUUUCUGGAGGAUGAGCAUGGGAGGGUACCAGAAUUCAUUACCCAGUCCAACUCGAGGAUACGCCCCGCUGACCUACGACACCUCGGUGCCCAAGUCGGAAGCUUGCCACAGCGAAUGUGGAGCUGCAAGCGACCUCUCAUCAGUCUCGUCGGCCGCAUUGUAGCAGCGGAUGGUUGAGGUCUCUGCGACUGUCUCUUGAUAUGAGCCGCCAGUCAGUCACCUUGCGUGUCAGUGAUGUCGCCGGAGCCGGAUUCGCUGAGCGUCAGCCCGGCCGGAACGACAUUCGUCGCCAUGACCGUAUUGCAC